UGUCUUUCUUCCUUCCCCAUCUUCCUCUUCAUUUCCCUACAUAACAUUUUUAACCCACCCACCCCCCUACCCCACUCCAAUGUAUGUAUGUGUUUGUAUAUUUGCUGUGAGUAGCACAUUACUGGUUCCAGUGUUGGGAGUCUUGGAUUAUAGUAUGAACUCUUUUGAGUAAUUAAAGACUCGAUUUUUAUUUUUAUUUUUUGCCUUUUUUUGUAUGGUUAGUGGGGGGGAUAGGCCAAAAAUUUCUUGAGGGGUGGUGAAAUGGCUGGCCCGGGAGGAGGAGGAGGGGGUGGGAGGGUGCCGUCGUUGCCGCCGCCGCGGCCGAAAUCGCCGCCGCAGUACCCGGAUUUGUACGGGAAGCGCCGGGAAUUGGCUCGAGUUCAGAUGCUUGAGAGGGAGAUUGGGUUUCUUGAGGAUGAAUUGAAAUUUGUUGAUCGCCUUCAUCCCGCGUCUCGAUCAUGUAAAGAGGUCACCGAUUUCGUUUUGGCCAACCCAGAUCCUCUUAUACCAACAAUUAAGAAGAGCAGCAGAUCUUCUCGUUUCUGGAAAUGGCUCUGCUGUGGGGUGUCGUGUUUCAGCAUGUCGUGGAUUUGUUGUUGCCCGUGCCCUCGUGUCAAGAAGCCCUCGCACUGCUGCAACUGUAAUCCGUGCGGUGGAUGCAACGGAUGCCCGUCCUGCGUCUGCUGCAUGCCAUCCUGCCCGAGCUGCAACUGCAAACCGUCUUGCUCUUGCCUCACCUGCAAACCGUCGUGCUCCUGCAUCGCCUGCCCAAAAUCCUGCGCCUGUUGCUGCCCGACGUCGUGCAUCUGCUGCCCGACAUCAUGCUUCAGCUGCCGCCCAUUGUCGUGCUUCAAAUGCCCCUCGCUGUCGUGCUUCAGGUGCUCGUUACCCAAGCCUCGGGGGCUGUGUUGCUGCUCCUGCCCCGAAUCCCAGUGCUGCGCGAAGAAGAAGUGCUCGUGCUCGUGCUCCUGCGAUUGCAGUUGCACCCCGAAGUGCCCCUCGUGUUUUAAAUGUUCGUGCAACAAGUGUAGAUGCUGCUGUGUUCCGAGAUAUCCGAAGAUGAAUUGCUCUGGCUGUACAAAAAACUGCUGCUGCUGCUGCAAUCCUUGCUACUUGUGUUUUUAGUAUAUGGUUCCAAAUAAUUUCCACAUUGUUACAUAUCCAUUAUUAUUACUGUAUUAUUUUAGAGAUUUUGACUGUUAAAUCAAUUAUUGUUUGAAAGCAA